AUGUCUCUGGAAUCUAUAGUGACCCAAAUUUGCAGCUUCCUAGUGCAGCUCCUUGCCAAAAUCAUCCCCUAUCUAGCGGUGAUUUCUAUCACAGUAAACUUCUGCCACGUCAUCGUGCUAUUCCAACGUGGCGUGACGUCAUCAUCAAUGAAUACGUUGCUCAUUGGGAUUGCUAUAGUUGAUAUAUUAUCUCCUAUGGUGUAUGUAAAGCGGGGUGUGGAGAAUUUAGUGGAUGUUUGGCAGGAUUUUUGCCAAAUCCCUAGCUACAAUGAUGUCUUAAUCGACCUGAUCCUUGGCUCAUUAUCUGAAAACUUUCGGAGAUGCUCCACGUGGCUCGGUCUACUCCUGGCAGUCACUAGAACCGUCUCGGUUAAGCUGGCCGUCGGAAAAAACUCCGCGCUGCUAACCCAAUCAAAAUUCGGAGUCAUCCUCAUCAUAUGUACAGUAAUCCUCAGCAUGCCGAUAGCCAUACCGUACCUGAUACGGUAUCAAAUUGUGGAAAGUGCCCCGCAGUCUUGCCAGCUGGCUACCGGGCAAUCGAUGAUGGUUACCAGGUACACCAUACAGGAAUUUGCGAAGAAUAAGACGGUGGUGAUUGGUGGAUCGGCGAGGACGGUGCAUAUUUUGUUGACCGGAGUUUUUGGGCAGCUCAUCCCUUCGGUCCUUUUCCCCAUAUUCGCUUCAAUUCUGAUCUACGAGUUACGGCAGCCUGAUAAGAAGAAUUCCAAGACAGUGAAGACUGACAAAAUUAGCAAAAUGGUUGUAUAUAUGACUGUGACAUUUCUAGUUAUCGAGUUUCCAAUUGGUGUCGGGAAAAUAUUCAAUUCGAUGCAGACUGAGUCUAUCCUCGCCAUCCUUCUCAACCUAUUUCACAUUUUCGUACUGACCCGUCGGAUGAUGACGUCAUCAGCGGUGACAUCGUUAUUGAUAGGGAUCGCUGUGGUGGAUAUACUAUCUCCAGUUUAUUAUGUGAAGAUUGGUGUGAAGGAUUUGAUUUUUCCGGGGCCAUGUAUCCCUCCACGCGGCUACUUUGAAACUGUCUUCAACUGGACUUUAUUAGCGAUCCGAGAUAACUGCCGCCGGUGUUCCACGUGGUUUGGCUUAGAGCUCGCGGCAAUUCGCAUGUUGUCCCUGAAACUUGCCUUAAGGAAACAUACCACUACACCACUACAAUACCACUACGUCACUACAGUACCCCUACACCGUUACAGUACCACUACACUACUAGAGUACCACUACAUCACUACAGUGCCACUACAUUACUACAGUACCACUACACCAUUACAGUACCACUACACCACUACAGUACCACUACGUCACUACAGUACCCCUACACCGUUACAGUACCACUACACUACUAGAGUACCACUACAUCACUACAUUACCACUACACCAUUACAGUACUACUACACCACUACAGUACCACUACAUCACUACAAUACCACAGCUACAGUACCACUUUUAUUUUCCAGAUUCAACUUUAUCACGGAGUCCCCCUUUGGUCUUAAGACAAUGGUUAUCACGGUUCUCGUCAGUUGCGGGAUUUCGAUAUUCUACGUUUUCCGCUAUCAAGUGGUGCCUGAUCCGGAUUGGAUUUUUAUACCAGGCUGCCACAAUCCCCGGGACAUUCAAUACUAUGUCGAUGAGAUCGAGGGAAACGCAAAGGCUCCUGGCAGGGCUAGACAACUUCAUUUGUUGCUCACUGCGGUUUUGGAGAAGAUUCUGCCAUCCUUCUUAUUUCCGAUUAUUGGCGUUGUAUUGAUCUGCGAGUUGGGGAAGGCGAGGAAGCUGGUGGAAGAUGUCAGGAAGGCGUCGACUAGUGUGAGAGGCACCGAGAAAAUGAACAAACUAGUCAUCCACAUGACCCUAACCUUCAUCAUCAUCGAAUUCCCAAUUGGCAUCUGCAAACUUCUCACAGCUACCAAAGACAGCUAUGAGGAUGCAGUAAUCCCCGAGAGCAUCACCAAGCUAUUCAACAUGAUCUACGUACCAAUGACCGCCACGCACUGCUUCAUCUGCUAUAGAAUGUCGUCACAGUAUCGGGAUACUGUACGCAAGAUUUUGGGAAUGAAGAAGGCUAGUGUGCAUCCAGGGAGCUCCAUCGGGAACUCGAUGGGGACUGUACAAUAG